GAGCACUUGAUCGAGCAGAGCAGCAAGCUAGCUAGCUCGCUACCGGCAGAAUAACACAGCCUCACUGGUAGCUCGUAGCGGUAAGUGGUGGUAGCGCGCGAUGGCAACGCCGUCGUCGUCGUCGAUCACGAGCCUUCUCCUCGCGGCCUUCCUCGUCGCCGCCGUCGGCAUCGCGCCGCACGGCGCUGAGGGAGGCGCGAGCAGCGCCGUCGUGGGCCUCGUCACCGGCGUCGUGCCGUGCAGCGCCGGGAGCUCCAUCAACGUGGCGUCUGUCCCGGCGUUCCCCAACGCCACCGUGCAGCUGCAGUGCGGGGGCAGGGCGGUGGCCGGCGCGACGGCGGACAGCAGCGGGGCGUUCGCCAUGAACCUGGGCGCGCUCACCCCGGCGACGCUCAUGCCCCUGCUCAACAACAAGUGCAGCGUGGUCGUCACCACGCCGCUGGCCGCGUGCGACGCCUCCCUGGCCGGCGUCGCCGGGACGCUGAUGGCGCCCGUGCAGCUCCUCGGCGACACCGGCGGCGGCCUGGGCGGCCUCAUCGGCGGCAUCGUCGGCGUCGUCGGCCAGAUUCUCAGUGGCGUCCUCGGCAACAUUAUUAGUAUUGUGCCCUCGGCCUUCUCCGUCGUCUAGAUCGAUCAACUCCGUUCUGUGGCAGCUUAAUUACCAAAGGAUUAUAUAUAUAUGAUCGAAUUAAGCAUAAUUGAUGGGCCUAAUGGUCUAGUGUUACUCUGCUGCUUUCAGUUUGUAUCUCGUCACGUUUUCUGUUGCUAAUAUUUCGGUACACAUGCAUGAGUGUGUACUGUACGUACGUGCUUCUAAGAUGCAUAUAUGUAUGUGAUGUAUUGUUGUAA